UCUUCCCGGAAACGCCGCCGCACGUCAGCCGCGCCCCCUCACUGCCAUGGCAACGGCGAGCUGUCUGGGAAACCCGCAGGAGCGGGUGGGCGGGGCACAUACGUCAGACAGUUUAUGGUCACCUGGGGCGGGCCUUCCCAGGGGAUUUAACUGGGGCUGAUAAUUUUUUAUUGAGCGCCUAUCGUGAAUCAGACACUGAGUGCCCUGAGAGUUGGAGAAACGAGUGAAUGAAGCCAGGAGCAAGUUAUUCGGUGUGCACGUUAUCUAGUGUGGCUCUUGCCCUGGUCCCCGUGGGUGGGUGGUCUAUUCCUAACCUGAACAUUUCUGGAGACCCAGAGAUGUGAAGGACUGCCGGGAUUAUGCUCUCCCAGAGUCUCUCUGGAGUGCAGAUCCCUUGGCUGUGUGGCCACAUCCCCCCUUCCUCUAAGGCCUUCCCCGACCAUAUAAGGAGAGGCAGCUGCUGGGGGCGUCCCCAGUAUCUAAAGAUAGCGGUCUCUGCUUCGGACUCCAAACGCCACCGGGUAGCAGGAGCCGCCAUGGCAAGCCCCACCGCAACUCCUCUUCAGGCAGCAUGCCAGGACGCUGUGGUAUGACAGGCCCAAAUAUGUGUUCAUGGAGUUUUGUGUUGAGGAUAGCACCGAUGUCCACGUGCUCAUCGAAGACCACCGCAUUGUGUUCAGCUGCAAGAAUGCGGAUGGAGUGGAGUUGUACAAUGAGAUUGAGUUCUAUGCUAAGGUGAACUCCAAGGUAAGGGUGGGACAGGACAGUAAGGUCUGGAUGGAAAGGCUGCUUGGGAAAUUGGAGAUUCAUUCUACACCUCAGAUCCUAACAAUGAGGCUGUCUAUCUGGCAGGACUCCCAGGAUAAACGCUCCGGUCGUUCCAUUACUUGUUUUGUGAGGAAAUGGAAGGAGAAGGUGGCCUGGCCUCGACUCACCAAAGAGGAUAUCAAACCGGUGUGGUUGUCUGUGGACUUUGAUAACUGGAGAGACUGGGAGGGGGAUGAAGAGGUGGAGCUGGCUCAGGUGGAACACUAUGCAGAGCUUUUGAAGAAGGUCAGCAUCAAGAGACCUCCCCCUGGCAUGGAUGACCUGGAUGAUGAUUCUGACAGUGCUGAUGCAACAAGCACUUGAGUAUGGCUCCAUCAGAUGGCAGGAUAGGAGAGUAGACUGGUGGGGCUCCUGACUUCCUACCAAUUGGCUGUAAUCUUUGUGCUUGGGCCACUCAUCAGGGCUCUCUUGAGUAUUUGAGCAUGUGUGUGUGGUAGAGCAAAAGCCAAAGAAGCAGCGUAUAGAUUAUAAUAAAUCUGUAAGAACAA